AUGCCUUCCACCACUGGCGCAUCGAAGCGAUUCGAGCUUCCCAAGCUCGACUUCAAGUUCGGCUCGUUGACCGACGGAACCGACAUCCCCCCUCCGCUCCCCAGCCCCGUCCAGGAGGUCCCCACGCCUCCGCAGACCCCGCGCGUGAGCGAAACCAAGGAGUCCGACUCGGCCGUCAAGGCAAAGGACAAUGACAAGACGAAUGGCCACGCGGCCGCCGUGCCGGGCUCGCCCGCCACCACCAACGGUACGAAAGGAUUCUCGGAAGACAUGCCGCUCUCUCCAACAUUGUCGAGCAGACAAGGCAGCAUCCGUCGUCUCUUCAGCCGGACUUUACUGAACCAAGCAUAUGCAGAAGGCGACAGCCACGCGAACGCCAACGGCGGCGGACCCCCAUCCCGUCCCAUGAGCCGCAACGCAGGCAGCAUCGCCGACGAUAAGAAGACGAAGCGCACCAGCGGCUGGUUCAAGAGACUGAGGUCCUCGGAACCCUCACCGCCUCAGAGGCGAUCCAGCACCGUCUACGAGCACCCCAACAUCAGCGAGACCAGCAGCAGCCAUACGCCGAGCAAGCUGCAGUCUCCUCCGGUCGUCCAGGGGCCGCCGCCGCCCAUGAUCCCCGAGCUCAGCGCGCUCCAGGCCAAGCUGGACCUGACGGACGGCGGCAGUCUCGGAGAUGACCUGUUCAAGAACAUCAAGUAA